UCUGCGAACAACCCAUUGUUGACGGCGACCACCACGGGCACGACACGACGCUCCGAGCGAGUGUUUCAAGUAUACUCUUGAGAUGUUUUUUUUAUUAAGUAAAUAAAUAUUUAAUUAUAUAAGUGCAUUAUCUAAAGUGUCGUGGGGGUUGGCGUUCAAUUAAAAGGCAACGACACUAUGGUGCCGCCUCCGCCACCGCCACCUCAGCUGGAGUACAACGGAGAACGCAUGCCAUUACGGUUGCACUAAAACACAAAAGACUCAUCGACAAACCGCGCUAGACGAAUGGGUGGCAGGAGAUUGACGGUUAGCUGUCUGGUGUCCGGUUGAUGGCCGCCGAACGCGAUGCGGACAACGGAUUCGAAAUUAACAGCUGCGGCGUCCCGCGUAUACCACCGAUCGGAGCGGCCGUUCGGUGGACCGCCGCGGCCGCUGCGGCCACUGCCCACCCGGACAGCCAAAUGGAGAUCAGGUUUCCGGCCAAGGCACCACCACAGCCGAGCUUGGCAGCGUCGUCGCAGGCGCAAGAACUGUACCGUCGUCUUCACAGCCGGUCCCUGUCCUCGCUUCCUCCCGAACCUUUCAUGAUCAUGCGAUCCAAAGCCCUCAACCGACGGGUGUGCAUCAACGUAGGCGGCGUCAAACACGAAAUACUCUGGCGGACGUUGGAACGACUGCCGCACACCAGGCUGGGAAGGCUGCGGGACUGCAAUACGCACGAGGCCAUCUCCGAACUGUGCGACGAUUACUCACUUGCCGACAAUGAAUAUUUCUUCGAUAGACACCCCAAGUCGUUUAGCUCGGUGCUUAAUUUCUAUCGAACUGGGAAACUGCACUUGGUUGACGAGAUGUGCGUGCUGGCAUUUAGCGAUGACUUGGAGUACUGGGGGGUGGACGAGCUAUACCUGGAGUCGUGUUGCCAGCACAAAUAUCAUCAGCGCAAGGAGCACGUGCACGAAGAGAUGCGGAAGGAAGCGGAAUCACUGCGACAGAGAGACGAGGAGGAGUUUGGAGAGGGUAAAUGCGCGCACUAUCAGAAAAUACUUUGGGACCUGUUGGAAAAACCUACUACAAGCAUUGCGGCUAGGGUGAUAGCCGUUAUAUCGAUACUGUUCAUCAUAGUGUCCACGGUUGCGUUGACGCUCAACACUAUGCCAGCACUGCAGGUGAAAAACAAAGACAAUUUACCUCAGGACAACCCGGCGUUCGCUGAUGUGGAGAUGGUGUGCAUCACGUGGUUCACGUUGGAAUAUCUUCUCCGGUUCAGUGCGUCACCCAACAAGUGGAAAUUCUUCAAGGGUGGCCUGAACGUGAUCGACCUGCUGGCUAUAUUGCCGUACUACGUAUCACUUUUACUGUCACCUGAGACGAACAAGACGGACUCGCAUCAGUUCGAUGACGUGCGCCGCGUCAUACAGAUAUUCAGAAUAAUGCGCAUAUUGCGUAUACUUAAACUUGCUCGACAUUCGACCGGCUUGCAGAGUCUCGGGUUCACUUUGCGCAACUCUUACAAGGAGCUCGGGCUGCUGAUGCUGUUCCUGGCCAUGGGUGUGCUGAUAUUCUCCAGCCUGGCUUAUUUCGCCGAAAAAGAGGAGGUAGGCACCAAGUUCGUCUCCAUACCCGACACGUUCUGGUGGGCCGGCAUCACCAUGACCACCGUCGGCUACGGCGACAUUUACCCGACCACGGCCCUUGGUAAAGUGAUCGGCGGCGUCUGUUGCAUUUGUGGCGUAUUAGUCAUUGCGCUACCCAUUCCGAUUAUCGUCAACAAUUUUGCCGAGUUCUAUAAAAACCAAAUGCGACGCGAGAAAGCGCUCAAGCGACGGGAAGCGUUGGAACGGGCCAAACGCGAGGGAAGCAUCGUGUCUUUCCAUCACGUCAACUUGAGGGACGCGUUCGCCAAGAGCAUGGACCUGAUCGACGUAAUCGUCGACACCGAAAGCGACUUACCAAAGCUGUCUAAGCAAAAUUCACUGCGAUCUCACGUGGGAAGCAAUUAUUCGCGUUAUGAAGAAACGAGCAGUGGUAGUGAGACUGUGCCUUUAAAUCCGGCGCCACCAGCCAAGGCAGGGGCUUCGACUAAGAUGGAGGAAGAGAAGCAAACGUUGUUGGACAUCGACAACCCGGAGCAGAACGCCAACUCUUUUGGGAAACCUUUUGAGAGCGCCGCCAAAGUGGUCGUGAAUUGUAAAAACGUCAAAUUAGACGAAAAUUUCAAUGAGUUUGCAUGUUGCUCUUGUAAACACAAGGAAGUCAAAGAGUACUUGGACGCGGAACACUCAACUCCGUAUCCAACAUCAGACGCUAAAACACCAUUGAACGUGGAGAUGCGAACACUUAAGCCGGAUGGCGAGUCGCCAGUGUUGCGAUUGCCCCGCAACGAGGUGGGCAGCGUGGACAGCUCGGACACAUACAUUAGUUGCAAAUCACAACCAUUUCAUUCUCAAGGCGACUUGACUACUGACGACCUGCACGAUACUGUAUUCGAACACCAAAUCGGAUCGCAACAAACUCAACAACAGCAGCAGCAGCAACAUCAACAGCAAAAGCAGCAGCAUCCGCCACUUCAACAUUGUCAGUCGGUCGGUAACCAGGGAGCAAAUAUCGACAAUUCAAACCUGUACGUAAACCCUCUGGAAACAACCAGCGACAAAGGGAGUGGCACCCCACGGAGUUUGGGCACUUCACCGAUGGAAGAAUCCAAGGAGUUCAGUGGUGGCCGUGCGGCGUCUGGCAGCCGAGGCAGUCUCAAUGAAUCUGCCAAACAGAGGAAAACCAGAUUCUCACAACAAUCAAACGUGAGCGAUCAUCUGUUUAGUCGUUCAUCUCAGGAGAGUUUGGACGGCGUGAAGAAACGGCGACCUUCGUUUGGGUUAUCGUCUAAAUCGCUAACCACCGCCACGAGAAUAAUCAAUCAGCAUUUGUUCAAUUUGCCCUUAAUAUCUAAUAAAUCAGGGAAGAGCGGCAAGUCCACACCGUCCGCUUCGGUCGAGUCGAUCAACCGUUCCCCAGAAAAGCACCAGCGGUCAAAGUCCAUUCUGAAACGGCACCAAAACCAGGUACCACCACAGGCACAGGACUCGUUGCAAACGUCUGGGCCCAACGGCGGCAAAGUCAACCCGGUCAACCACAGAAUAGGCAUCCGACGGAUGACGCACGUCGACCCGGAAACCGAGAAGCUGAUACCGGACAACCUGUCCGAUUGUUCGCCGGGCAAAGUCUCCGGACAGCAGCGAACCGGCAACACCGGAACCACCGGCGUCGAGGUAACGCUGCUACAGGACCUCCUCCAGGAUCAGUCUGCAAUUUACAUCUGCCCGCCACCGCCCCCUAUGAACGACGCAAAUGACAACAAACAUUACUCGUAGCUGACCGUCCGUGUUGUCUAUAAUUACACGUUCUACAUACCUGUUUGUAGUACGGAAUAGUUAACAAAUUUGUAUUUUAGUUGCCAUAACAAUCAGUCUGUCAUCAGACAAUAAGUCCCGAUGCGGAAACGGUGCGUUUAGUUCGCUGAUGUCCAUUUGAUCAUUAUAAUUGCCACUUUUACUACUACACUAUUACUACCUACUACUAUUUAUUGUUAUUGCGUUAUUACAUUUGUAACUUUAUUACGCGGAUCAGACGACGAACCGUUUUUGCAAGAAAACACUUGCGAUAAACGACCGUGCUCGUCUUGCACCCACUCAUACGUAAUAGCUAAACUAUUAGCUAAAAGCACGGGGCCUUUUUAGACGGCAUAUUAUUAUUAAUAUUAUUGAAACAACCGUUAUGUUAAAACAUUGUUUUUGACGCGACUCUCGUUUUUCUUUUGAAAACGAGACGUUUGUAUUUUAUUAAAUCAUGAGAAAUGCUCAUUUUAUCAUCAUCAUUAGUUUAAAAAUAAACAAACAAUUAUUAGUAUCGAUGGGUUUAAUCUUUUACCGUAGAAUUUAGAUGUUUGUAUAAGAAACGCUUCUUUUUUAAGCUUCUGAUCAGUAAACUGUAUCAUAAUAUCAUCAUCGUCGCAAUCAUUAGAAUGUACUAAUACCAUCGUCAUCGUUGUUCGAUUUUUACGCCAAACACAAAUAAAUUAAACACUAUGUUAAUUUUCUCAAUACAUACCCCAACCCAACUGAACUUAUUCAUGUAUAAAUUAUACGACCUGUCUAUAAUAUGUAAUAUGCGAUAUUUUAGCAUACAUAAUAUUGUUAUAAAAUAUAAUAUGUUCACUUUUAAAUCACCGACCGAUAUCUUUGAAUUUUUUAUUUCGUAAAAUAUGUAUAUUGUGACAUCUAUCUAUAAUUUUUUUUUAACGUUUAUUAUCAUUGUAUAAUUGAAGACUGGAAAACAAACGAUAUUAUGAAUUGAUACAAACAGGAAAUUAAGCAUGCAUUUUGCACUAGCCUUUUAUAAUUAUUUUAGUUUUAAUAUAGAUCAUAAAUCAUAAUAAUAUAUGUAGGUACUUUACACUCAUUAUGCACAAAAAAAUUAAUUAUCGCUAAGCAAAUCCGUUUUUUUUUAACGCGAUCUCAAUUUUGACUUUAACGUAAAAAAAAUGUAAUCUAGGUACGAAUGAAAAAAUAAAAGUUUGUGUGAUUAAUAUUUAGGAUGAAAGCAAUACUGUAGUGAAGUAACUUAAUAUAUUUUGUCGACAUAAUUAAUCAUGAAUAGUAUUUUUUAACAAAACGAUGUGUACUCAUUGACAUUAACAUUUUGUAAACAUACCAAUCACUAACAGUAAAUACUUUAAAUAGUAAAUAUAAGCCAAUUACUUUUAAGUGCGAUGAGCACAAAUUUUUUUUAUACUUAGUUCGAUCGAAACAAAUUGUAUUAUUUUAUAAACUAAUAGACGUUAAUUGUAUUUCAACAAGAACAAAAGUUACAAUUUAAUUUUUUUAAUUCGCCUGUGAUUUAUCUUUUGUUAAGUUUAUAAAAAUACGUGUAUUAUUAUA